AUGGAUAUCUCCAAACUUUCAUCCCGACUCUCCUCAACACCCACCCGAUUCCCAGGCUGUUGUCUCUCCAUAUCCACCACCCUCCUCACAACCCUAACAAACAUCCUCCCCAAGAGACCCGCAUUCACCCUCUCAAUCGGUAGCGGAUCCGGCCUCCUCGAAGGCCUCCUAUCGCACAUCAAUGCAUCUGUCUCAGUGGAAGGAGUCGAAGUAGCCUCGACUGUGAAUCGGUACAUUGCCGAAGAGGACAUGCACGUCGCUGCUGGUGCUUGGGAUCUUCAUUCACGGUCUCAGCAGGCGGCGGCUUGGAUGUUUGUUUACCCGCGGGACCCAAAGUUGGUCUCCAGGUAUAUUGAUACGUAUGGUGGUGGAAAUUUGGAGGUUAUUGUUUGGCUAGGGCCGAAGGUGGAUUGGGUGGAGUAUGAGGAUUGUUUGAGGCGGUCGUUGUUUGAUGAAUUAGAGAUUUUGGAGGAGGUUGGGCUGGCGCCUUUUGAGAUUGCUGUUAUUGCUAGGAGGUCUGUUUGA